UAAAUGGCUGAAGUGCACCCGUGCGCGAGAGACGACGUCGACCUGCCUCCGUCAAAACGCCUCCAACCUGACCGAACUGUUGGCCAACCUGCUUUUUAUUUGUAUUUUGUUUUUUGGUUGUUUUUGGUUGUUUUUUGUUUUUACCCGCCUGCUUCUCGUCAUGUUUCCUCGAGGUAACCAGUGUCCGAUGGAGUAGGCCGACGAGGACUUGGAGCAACUUCAUACACCUCCCGUUGCAAUUGAAGAAAGCAUUCAGAGGGAAGGACAAAAACAAAAAAUGCAUGCUGAGCCGCGGACAUCAUCUGGAGCAGUUAACGAUCAAUAUUUUUCUCAUAACCUACACCUACGAGGACUGCAAGGCCACGGCCGAUUGGCUGCUGGCUCAGACCGACGUGCGGCCGUCCGUCGGCAUCGUGUGCGGCUCCGGCCUGGGCGGGCUGGCGGCCAUGUUGAAGGAUCCGGUGGCCUUCAACUACAGGGACAUUCCGAAUUUCCCACAGAGCACCGUGCACGGACAUGCCGGACGGCUGGUUUUUGGAACGUUGAAGGGCCGACCGUCUGUUUGCAUGCAGGGCCGAUUCCACCUGUAUGAGGGCUACUCUGUCCAGAAGAUCACGCUGCCCGUGCGCAUCUUCAAGCUGCUGGGCGUCGACACGGUGAUACUGACCAAUGCGGCGGGCGGUCUCAACGAGGACUUCAAGGUGGGAGACGUCAUGAUCUUGAAAGAUCACCUCAACAUUCCGGGCUUCGCUGGGAACAACCCUCUCGCUGGACUCAACGACGACAGGUUUGGCGUGCGCUUCCCGUGCAUGUCCGACGCGUACGACCAAGAGCUUCAGCAGCUGGCCAUGGACGUGGGUCAGGAACUGGGCUUCGGAGACUUCAUGAAGGAGGGCGUCUACUGCGUGCUCGGCGGUCCCUCGUUCGAGACCAUCGCCGAGUGCAGGAUGCUGCACAAACUCGGCGCUGAUGCAGUCGGCAUGAGCACGGUCUACGAGGUGAUUGUGGCUCGCCACUGCGGCAUGCGCGUCUUCGCCCUGUCGCUGAUCACCAACCGGGCGGUGAUGGACUACGACAGCGAGGAGAAGGCCAACCACGAGGAGGUCCUCCAGACGGGGAAGCAGAGGGCGGAGCAACUGGAGCAGCUCAUCUUCACCAUGGUGACCAGGAUGGAGCACAACAACAACAACAACAACAACGACGGCGACGACGACGACGCCUGAGCCUUCCCCCAAAGGUCAAACUUGCAUUCCGGUCCAUUCCGUUCCUCCUCCUUUUAUUCGACUUGUAAGUUAAUUUGAUUAACAUGUACAAAUGUGAUGGAGUUCAAAUUGUUUUUACUACUGUUAAUAAAAAUUAUUUAUUACAACACA